CCACCAAAAUCGAAUCGCUACAAACCCUAUCCACUGCCGCUGGACUCGUCGCCGUGAUUCACCUCGUGCCGCCGCUCGCGCAGCGCCGCCCCGCCCCGCCCCGCCCCGCCCCGGCGUAGUAGGAGAUGAAGCGGCGAAAAAUCGCCAAAUCGACAGCAAGCCGGGGGAGCAGGUCCGGUGUGAAAUCCCCAAAUCCACGGAGCAGAGCAGCGAAUCCGAGCCGGACCGGCGGCUUCUUUUCUGAUGAACUCCGAUUGGGCAGAUGGACUUGUUACCACGGGGAGGAGGAGGAGGAGAAGCCAUGGCUGCCACCGGCCGACAAAUCAUCCGAGUCCAUAAGGGAGUACGUCGCCGAGGCGGCGCGCCGGCUACCCCUCGAGGAGAUGCCGGAGCUCCUCCACUGCGUCGGCGCGGUCGGAUACUGCUUUGGCCUCGCCGACCCCGUCACCAACAUCAUCCUCAACGCCGUCGCCCACCUCGCCGCCGGCGGAGCGGAGGACCUGCCGCCGCCGCCCAAGAAGAGGACACGCAGGACGUACAGCCGUGGCUGGGGGUACAUCUCAUUGAACUCCUUCUGUGGCCUCCUCGCGUUCAUGAAGGUGUAAUUCCGCUACCUCACGGACAGCCAGGCCAGGCAUUACCUCUACCUCGCCUCCUACGACCUUCUCCUCGCCAUCGAGCUCGUCCACCAUGACCGCCGCCGCUGUCUUCCCCGACCAUCCUUGCUUCCCGACGAUGGCAGGAUGAAGAUCGCACUCAGGAUCGCCGCCGUCCAAGCAGACCACCCCGCGCCGGAUAAACUGGUGCAGACCAUGACAGCGCAGUACCCGUCUCAUUUGCUCUCUCCUAUCAUGGACAAGCUGCGGGGAUCGGAGCUGCUCACCACCCAUGACGUCCGGGCCAUCAUGGACCUACUUCUUGCACGCCAGUGCCUGCCUGCCAACAUGGACUUCUUGUGCUGCCCAAAUGGCGAUGCUUGUGCUCAUCGAGCCACCAACCAUGGCACCCUGCAGGUUGCCACCUGCAUUGGGGGAGGUGCUUUUGCUCGAAUCUCGACCGAAAUCGUAACCCCAGAUCACAUCCGACCUCAGCAACUCCAAUACAUCUCCAACCUGACAUUUGAUGAUAGCUCAGCCAUGGAGAUGAAGCUUUCCAAGUGCAGUAGUGGUGGUUGUCAACUGGACUAUGAUUUUUCCUCGCCAUGCGAGUACAUACUGUCCCUGAAAAUGUGCCUCCUUGAUGCCAUCCAUGGCUUCUACAUCCGGGCACUCGCCGUGCUGCCCACGGGUGACGACUCCAUGCGCCUUGGCCGCCUUCUCCGUGCCCUCCUUGUGUCCGGACACUGCUAUGGCCCCUUGGAUCCUGUGUCAAACAUAAUCCUGAAUGCUGUCUUGUAUGAUGCCGCAUACCCUCCGCAACCACACGAAGGUGAUGGCAAGGCUGAGUUACCACAUGAUAUCUUUGACACCCGCGCCAUGCGGGACAUGGCGUCCUGUUCCCUCGAUGGCCUCGUUGCCCUCCUCUGCACCAUCACCACCACCACCACUGGCACCCCGCUCUCAAAGCAUGAGGCUGUGGAGUACCUUUGGUCCUGGCAGUGUGACCUCACCGAGAAGCUGCAGCAGACCGUGAUGGCAAAGAACCCCUACGCCGCUGCAGCCAUGGCUUCCAAGCACCCACAGCACACCAUGCUCGGCGCGCUGCUCGUGUCCUUCUCCAGCGAGAAGCUCGACCGCCUGCGCUACUUUCUGAGAUCCAUUAGUGAUGGCUCUGGGUGUGUUAUCUCCGGUGAUGAUUGGGAGCAGCUAAACAAAAUGAUCAAAACACAGCUAACCACAAUUAUCACGACAAGAGAAGUGCUACCAUUCAAUCCACAAGCCUUGUCAGCAUCAUUGAGAGUGUCAGCCUAUGUGAACUCGCAUAGUUUUGCUCGCAGCAAGCUGGAAGAGUUGCUACUGAGAUAUUCUAGGCAACAUCCCUGGGAACCAAGGUAUAAGCUUGAUCUCAUCUGCGGAGUAGAGGAACCCAGAUCAGCCCGAUGUGGAUGCUACCAUGCUAACUUCUUGGCAAGCGCCCAUGGCAGUGUGCUCAAGUUCAAUGGUGAGACAACCGUAGCACAAACCACUGUGCGCAGACUCUUCUUCGCUGAAUUCUGGGACUCACAACCUGGUCGAUUUUAUGAAUCACAUGCAAAACCCAUGUGCUGCCCUGUUCAAGAUAGUAGCCCUUGUUUUGGUCGUUGUAUCUUCUGUGGUGAAGCAAGCACGAUUGUGCAUCCACCAUGUGCAGCUAGAAGUCAUCUUGAUGAUGAUGAUUAUGCCCCCAUCCUUGACUAUGAUGUCCAGGCCGCCAUUCGUAUGUGGUUUCCAAAAGCCAAAUCAGGUAAGAGGAAGAACUAAGGAAAAGGCUAAAGGAAGCUGGUAGUGUGGAUGAUAUACCUGAUGCUAUAUAGUUAUAUAGGGGUCGACCUAUGUUUUGUUUCAGAAGUUUGGUUAGAUGGAGUCCGCUUAGAUGGUUUUGAAACUUAUGAACUCUUUUGAGGUGUAAUCAGGGGAUGUUGCUAACUUGGGGGAAGCUGGCUUAUGAGUCUCUUAGGCUUUCUCAACUUGUUGUCAAUUAUGUUGGAAUUCAGGUGGAUGAUAUACCUGAUGCUAUAUAGUUAUAUAGGGGUCGACCUGUAUUUUGUUUCAGAAGUUCGGUUAGAUGAAGUCUUCUUAGAUGGUUUUGAACUUAUGAACUCUUUUAAGGUCUAAUCAGGGGACGUUGCUAACUUUUGGGGAAGCUCAAUGCUUAUGAGUCUCUCAGGCUUUCUCAACUUGUCAAUUAUGUUGGAAUUCAGGUGGUUUUCCUUCUGAUUAUAACUGAAUGAAAGUCACAAAGGAUGUUUAAUGUUUGUUAAGA